AUGCCAGUUGUCGAGAAUUGGAAAAGAGCGCUAACGGAGACGCAAUUAUACUACAACACUGACAACGAUUCAAAACUACAAAUGGAAAACCUAGCAACACUAUACCUAGUGGACAAUAGGGGCAACACAAAGGGACGAGGGAUGAUUUGUCCUUUGGAGCAUAUAGACACUUACGAAAAGCUUGCCUCAACGCUGACCCUACUUUUCCCAGAGGACGCGGCUAGGGCGGGAGAUUUGAAGUUUCAGGUUAUGACAAAUGACCGUCUGUUGUUGAACCAGGGAAUUUAA